UCUUGUGUUUACUUUUGCUUUUUUUUUUUUUUUUUGGUUGGAAGCGGCAGCAGCCGCAGAUUCCACAAAAUUUCAUCUCUUAUUCCGGCGGAGACGAUGUGUAUCUACAGAAUCGGUAGAGCCUUACCCUUCUCGGGUCUCUUCAGGCAGCUUGAGAAAGAAGCCGAAACUGUGAUCAGUGUCCUGCAACCUGGCCCAUUGGGAAUCAUAAAACACAAGUUCACACCUCAAGAGAUUCGUCAGGCCAAAGCUACAGUGUGUAGAUCAGUCGAGAAUUGGAGAAGACAUUCAAAGCUUGACCAUUCUAAUGGCGUUUUAAAUCAUUUCAUCUCUAAUAAGUGAAAAAAAUUGAGCACAUCUCCACUCUUGAAUAAAAAUGCCUUUUUUCAUUUAUAAAAACAA